AGCAGACAAUUGCAAGGAGGGGAUAGUGGUGGGUGUCAACCAUGAAGGGAUGCAUGCCUUAUGUGGCCAUGGUGCUGGUGGAGUUGGCCUACGUUUUCUCUAAUUUCCUCUGCAAGGCUGCCCUCGAAAAUGGCAUGAGCUUCUUCGUCUUUAUCGUGUACCGUCACAUCAUGGCCCUGCUCCUUUUGGGACCCUUCGCAUAUGUCCUAGAGAGGAAAAUACGUCCAAAGCUCACAGUCGCGACGGCCAUGAAGAUAUCUUUUCUUGCUUUCUGUGGGACUACCAUUCAUCAAACUCUGUAUUAUGCGGGCCUCAGUUAUACCUCGCCAACUGUAGCAUCUGCCCUAACCAAUAUCAUCCCUGCGCUUACCUUUCUCGUGGCCGUAUUUCUCAGGAUGGAGGCCAUCUCUUUUAGGAGUCUCUCUGGAAGAGCUAAGAUUUUUGGUACUAUCAUCAGCAUAGCAGGAGCGUUGAUGUUUACACUGUGGAAAGGGAUUCCACUUAACAGACCAAGUACCCCAUUGAUCAACAUUUAUGGUAAGACAUCAGGGCAUAUUGGGAAUGGCGACUGGAUCAGGGGUUCAAUGCUCAUGUCGGCCAGCUUCAUCGCAUUUACUCUGUACCUAAUCAUGCAGGUUUUUGCAAUCAUUCAUCUUGUAUCCUUGGCUAUGACCUCAACAAGUAACAACGUUUUCUGGUUUUCCGCACUUGUAGCUAAAAUUGUUUCAACACCUGUCCAGGCUGUGGUUUUCAGUACUAUGCUGCACCACUGUCAAUAACAGCCUUAACUGGACUGUUUGCAAGUUUACAAUCUUUGGUAAUAUCUCUUGUGUUUGAAAGACGAAUCGAACCUGGAAACUCAAAUGGGACAUACAGCUCGUUACCAUCAUCUACUGUGUAAGCUUCUAACUCAUUAUGAAGAAUCGUUCAGGGUUUGUGAAGAGGAUGACAUUUGAAAGUGCAGGGGACCAUCAUCUCAAUACUUGUCUACUACCUACAAACUUGG